AUGAGUGACACAGCCGAGAAUGCCUCAGGGAGUUCUGACAUUGUCAACAAAGCUCGCGAUACCCUGAGCUCAAUCUACUCCUUCUACGCAGCCAAUCGCGAGACCCUCGAUCGUAUCCCAUCCUUCAUCAGCCAGUCCAGCCGUGAAAUCCCGAUGAUGCUUCGGUCCAGCACUGUUCCCUCUGCCGAACAAACAGAAGAAAUGAAGAAACAGCUACAGGGUCUUCUUCAGACCAAGGAAGCGAUAGAAAACAUUCCAGCGAGAGAGAGGCAGAUGAUGGUUGAGGCAGCCUACGCUAGCACUGUUGGACGUAAAGGUGCCCAGUGA